CUGGUCCUCCCCCGCCCCCCUUCACCUCCCGGCGGUGUCGGCGGCGCUGUGACGUGGCGCUUCCGGCGCGCGGGCGGCGGCGGGACGCGGAGUAGGACCGCUGCUCAGGAUGGCGUGACCCUGGCUGGGCACCGAGGGGCGUCGGGAGCCCACCGGGACCUCUGCUGGCCCCAGGAAGGUACAGGCAGCCCCGCGGAGCGCUCGGCUCCUUCCUGCCCCGGGCUGGGGUUGUAAUUGCAGGUGCUGUGCUCCUAGCUGGCGCGUAGGGAGCGAUAGCAUCUCCCUCCUCCCCGCGGGGCCGAGCGCGGUACUGCUGCACCGUAACUUCUGCACCCUCCGAGCAGCCAAGGGGCUGCCACCCUCCUGCCUGCUCAGAUCCGACCCCCCCAAGCCGGGCAAGACCCCAGAGCAGCCCCUGCUGCCACCCUGCAGCUGGUUUGUGCCUGCCACAGGGGCUCCGUGAGAGGCUUGAGGCGGUAAGCGAGGUGCCAGGGUGAGAAGGAGCAAUCCCAGCCCCUCCAGCACCCUCUGGAGAUGGAGCCCCCCGCUGCCACCUUCAUCCAAGGGGUGGGUGAUGAGGUGACAGUGGUGGCCGGGGUGGUGGUGCUGGUGCUGGCCCUGGUCCUGGCCUGGCUGUCCACCUACGUGGGCGACAGCAGCAGCCAGCUGCUGGGCACCAUCGUGGCGGCAGGGGACACGGCUGUCAUCCGCCUGGGCCACGUGGAGAGGUUCGUGGGGACAGCAGGGGCAGAUGAAGCCCCAGAGCCCCCCGGGGUCCCUGAGAACACAGAGGAGAAGACAGAAGAGGAGGAGGGGGCAGCGUUGGGGCCAGCCACGGAGCAAGGGGACAGCGGCAGCCCCCCCGAGCCUGGCCUGGCCAUCAGGAGCCUGCCCAAAGGGACCUCGGGCGCUGAGCCCAGCCCAGGGGGCAGUGAGAUCUGCUCUGGGCUCAUCAAGAUCCGGCUCAAGUUCCUCAAUGACACCGAGGAGGUGGCUGAGGUUCGGCCUGAGGACACCGUGGGGGUCCUCAAGAGCAAAUACUUCCCGGGCCAGGAGAGCCAGAUGAAGUUCAUCUACCGCGGGCAGCUGCUGCAGGACCAGGGCCGGACGCUGCGCUCGCUGCGCAUCACCGACAACUGCGUCAUCCACUGCCACCGCAGCGCCGCCGCCGCCGCCGCCCCCCCCGGCCUGCCCGAGCCCCCCGCCGCCGCCCCCCGCGCCGCCAGCAGCCUGCCCCUGGGCGCCGGGAGCCUGCUGGUGCCGGCGGUCGUGGUGGUGCUGGCCCUCGCUUGGUACUUCCGCAUCCACUACCGGCAGCUCUUCACCGCCCCGGCCACCGUCUCCCUGAUCGGUGUCACUGUGCUCUUCAGCUUCCUGAUGUUUGGGCUGUACGGACAGUAA